AUGACAGGCACAAUAUUGAGGGAUUUGUCUGAAACUGAUUUUGGAGAUACAGAGAUUAGUAUAAAUGUCGGAGGGUUCAAGAAAAGGUUAAGAUAUGAUACGCUGCUGAAAUUCCCAGAGACUAGACUGUGCAAGUUGCUGGCCUGUCAGUCAAAGGAGUCCAUCCUGGAACUGUGUGACGAUUAUGAUGACACCAAGAAUGAGUUCUACUUUGACCGGAACCCGGAGCUCUUUCCAUAUGUGCUGCAUUUCUACAACACCGGUAAACUCCACGUCAUGGGGGAGCUGUGUGUUUUCUCCUUUUGCCAAGAGAUUGAAUACUGGGGUAUCAAUGAAUUUUUUAUAGACUCUUGUUGUAGUUACAGCUACCAUGGGAGGAAAGUGGAACCAGAACAGGAUCAAUGGGAGGAGAAAAACCUGGCAUUUUAUCACGAUGCUUCCAAGUUUGAUAAACAGCUGUUUGGCAACUUCAGAAGAAGACUCUGGCUAGCCCUUGAUAACCCAGGCUAUUCCAUCCUGAGCAGGAUCUUCAGCAUCCUCUCCAUCAUGAUAGUGAUUGGAUCUAUCGUAACAAUGUGCCUGAAUAGCUUGCCAGACUUCCAGAUAGUAAAUGCUAAUGGAAGUAUGGACGAGGACCCUCGCUUUGAGAUAGUGGAACAUUUUGGAAUAGCUUGGUUCACCUUAGAGUUGGUGGUCCGUUUUGCUGUAUCUCCAGAUGUAGCUGUGUUCUUCAAACACCCCCUGAACAUCAUAGACCUGAUCUCCAUAGCUCCAUUUUACAUUACAUUAAUUGUCAACUUGGUGGUGGAGAGCAGCCCAACUCUGGCUAACUUGGGGAGGGUCGCUCAAGUGCUCAGACUUAUGAGGAUUUUCCGGAUUCUGAAACUUGCCAGACAUUCCACAGGUUUGAGGUCUUUGGGGGCAACUCUGAAAUACAGCUACAGAGAAGUGGGGUUGCUGCUUCUGUAUCUUUCUGUAGGAAUUUCUAUAUUCUCUGUAGUGGCUUAUACCAUUGAAAAGGAGGAAAACGAUGGAUUGGCCACAAUCCCUGCUUGCUGGUGGUGGGCCACUGUCAGCAUGACAACAGUAGGCUACGGGGAUGUGGUCCCAGGUACUAUAGCUGGCAAACUGACUGCUUCUGCUUGUAUCCUGGCUGGCAUAUUGGUUGUUGUGCUUCCCAUCACUCUCAUAUUCAAUAAGUUCUCUCAUUUCUACCGGCGACAGAAACAAUUAGAAAAUGCCAUGAGAAGCUGUGAUUUUGGGGAUGGGAUGAAGGAUGUGGCUUCUGUCAAUCUGAGGGACUACUAUGCCCAAAAAGUCAAAUCUCUGAUGGUUAGCAUGACAAAUAUCAGUAAGAGCACGCCAAGUGAGCAGAGUCUCAAUGAUUCAAUCAAUUAG